AUGGGUGCUGCGAGACUCACCGGGCGAACCGGUCUCAUUGCGCGUGCACUGCGGGACUCCUGGUACUCACCGGGUUCCCUGAUCACGACUCAGUCUCGAGUGACGCGCGGCAUGACCGCUGUGUCUGCGCCUCACACCAAGCCCUUCUCAACCUCCACACCCUUCUCCUGCGCCAGCAACCAAAGCACCGGCGCAGCAUCACCCUCGAGCUUGGACACACGUCCCAAACCCAAGACCCAGACUGACAUCGCUGGUGCGGAUCCCACAGAUCGAUAUGCAGCAGGCCUGCGCCUGAACAAGGAAUGGGCUGCACAGACAGCCCGCAACCACCCCGAGCUCUUCCCUGCCCUCGCCUCCGGCCAAAAACCGCAGAUUUUGUGGAUCGGGUGCUCCGACUCUCGCUGCCCAGAAACCACCUUCCUGGGCCUGGAGCCCGGCGACGUCUUCGUGCAUCGCAAUAUCGCCAACGUCCUCCACCCGGGUGACCUCAGCUCCUCCGCCGUUAUCGAAUACGCCGUGCAAUAUCUGCGCGUCAACCACGUCGUGGUGUGCGGGCACACUUCCUGCGGUGGUGUCGCGGCCGCCAUGGGCAACAAGAACCUGGGUAUCUUGGACCCGUGGCUGUUUCCCCUUCGUCAGCUGCGUGAGCGCAACCUUGAGCUUCUGCAGUCCAUGACCAGUGAAGAGGCGGCGUCGAAGCUGGCCGAGCUGAACGUUCGCGAGGGCUUAAAUAUCGUCAAGCAGAAGAGUGUUGUUCUGAAUGCCAUCCAGGAGCGGGGACUGCAGCUCCAUGGCUUGAUUUAUGAUGUUGGAUCGGGUGUGCUCAGUGAGCUGGACACUCAGGACUCGGAGGAGGUUAUCAGGGCUCGUCUGACGGCUUUCCAACUGGAGUGA